AAUAUUAAUUUAAUUCUCUCCUUUCAAAUUUGCGCAAAUUGAAGCUCAAACAAAUAAAUCAAGUGGAACAUUUUGCGUUAUGAAAAACCUUCGGACAAAGAUUUGUACAAAGUUAAGUGUUGUCUGAAUUUUGUCACGUCGAAAAUUGUUGAAUAAACUGCGCACAGGCAAUGUUUAUUUACUGUAGUAACGGAUAUCAAGUGAUCUUUGAAUCUUCAUUUCAAUUUCAAACAAAACCUUUGAAAAUACUUAUUUAUCCAAGCUAAUAGAAAUAUGUUUGCUUUUUCGCCAGUUAGAGCAGCAACUUUUCCAGCUCGCAGAAAAUGGCAUGAAAAAGGGCCUAAGUGAAUGCAGAAGACGUUUUCGUUGGGAAAGGUGGAAUUGCAGUUUUUCGAAGAAAAUUACGUCAAAGAUUUUAAAAAGAAAGUUUCUACCAGAAGUCACCAAAGAAAUUGCUUACAUGAAUGCGAUUACUUCGGCAUCCGUUGCUCUAAGAUUAGCUACUGCAUGCCAUAAAGGGGAGAUCUCUCGCUGCUGCACAGCGCCAUUGCGAAAAGCAUUCAAGCGGAAAUUAACGGAUAAAAAAGAGGCCGAAGACGAACAUACCCGUUUCGGAUUGUGGAUAACUGAGUAUUUUACAGAUUUCAAGAUCAAGCCUAAAAAAUAUAUUAUGGACAAAGCUGUUGCGAUCCGUCAUAACAACAAAAUUGGACGAAAUGUGGUUAAACAUAUGGCGAAAAGGUUUUGCAGAUGUCAUGGCACAUCCGGGAUGUGCUCAUUGAAGACGUGCGCCGGACACCUUCCAACUCUUAAACAGGUUGGAACCACUAUAAGAUACCUUUACAAACUUGCUUACAAAGGGAAAGUGGUCAAAAACUUUAUGCUUAGGCCAACGGUAUCGAGGAAUGCUGUUGAUUUGACAGAUGUACUUGUGUAUCUAUCGGAGUCCCCGGACUAUUGCAAAGUGAAUCAAAGCCAUGGCUCUCAAGGUACCAUUGGUCGCGCUUGCAGAAUUCCAGUUAGAGACAGCACUCGUGGAUCAAAAGGACACUGCAACGAGCUAUGCUACAGCUGCGGCUUUUCGAUAAGAUACGAAGUUAGGCCUAAAAAAGUGCGGUGUAACUGCAAAUUCCGUUGGUGUUGCGAAGUGCGUUGUGAAACUUGCCGCUAUGACGAAGACGUGUUAGUUUGUCAUGUACCUAAAAAAGGAAGAUAAUGUCUCUGAAAUCCAUUUGCUUAAGUGGAUGGAAAAUCCCACUGCAUGGACAGCUAUAAUCAUAUGCUAUUACAGCUUCAAGAGACGUGCAUGUGGAAUGGCAUCAUUAAAACUCUGCGUCAUAUUUAGUCAUAUUUUUCAAUUAAAUUUGAUGGUUUACCCAUAAACCGAACCGUUGCCAAGAUAUUUCCGGUAAAACCAAAGAAUCUUAGCCUUUGCCUGCCUUUUCUAUAGUGGUCAGUCAAAUCUCUUUAAACAUCGUAGUCGACUUUGAGUCACGUGUAUAUCCUUUCUCGUUAACUUUAUAUCUAUUUGUUUGUUGCUUCUGGCAUGUAAAUAUCAAGAAGAGAAUUAAGUUCAUACUGUACGAUAAGACAAAGAAUCGAACAAUCGCACUUAGAUUGAAAAAAGUAAAACAAUUGCUGCAUGUUUUCUUCAUCCAAACACCAAUUCGGGAACUCUUAAAUCUUCUCUUGAAAAUUCCACAGUUUGGAAAUAAAUUCAUUCUUUCUUAAACAUAAAAGAGGCGACGGAAAUCGAGGUUCCAGUUAGCCAGCGUGACUUGCAUGAUGAAGAAGAAACCUCUAGUAGAAUAAAAACCUUCCCACAGUGCACAUAGAUUAUUUUACAUAGACUUGGGUAAAUAAUCAGAUUCUUUCUUUUUGUUUAUACAGUACGUGAGCUAACAGGUUCAUAAAAGUUUUCAAAGAUUUCUUAAAUGCUAAGUGUUAAAGAGCUACUUUUUAGAACACAAGAGCGUAACAUAAGAAUACAUAAAAUACCCCGCCUAUUUAGUCACAAGAAGUUCUUCUUACUAUUAUCCAUAUAAGUUCAACUAGAAAUAGAUGCCAUGUCCUUUCCAUGUUUGAUAAAAUCAUUUUUGAUCAGUUGCUUAAAGUCAUGGAAUGGGUUUAGUUAUGGACUGCACUCUGGAGAUUGGGGCCUUUUUUGUUGCUAUUAAAUUUUACGGUUGUUCCUUUUCUGCUGAUGCAGUAUGGAAAUCCAAAUAAUCUUGACUAUAGUUAGACUUUAGAUUGGGACUUUAAAUGGCUGCAGGAGAAGUACCUUGGCGUAUGAUGUAACCACAAGAAACAUUUGCUCUGAGUUGCAAUAAGGUUAAGUUUGGGUUUCUGUGGCUUCUUAUUAGAAUCGGAAACGCCUCUUAAUUUAAUUAUAGUUUGAAAAGUGAUGAAGCGAUAGAAUCAUUGCAUUGGUUAACCAUAUUGUGGCCCUGAUACAUCGAAACUCCUUAAUAUGGCACAUCACAGACUGUUUACGUAUCUCAUUAACCACAUAUUCCAUUCAUAAAUUCAGCAAAAACGAAACAUUUUGCUACUUAGAAGCAAUGAAUCCGGUCAGUUUCAAUGACUCUAAAGUUCAAACGUGAAUAUCUAAUAGGAAAUAGCAAUUAAGAUGUUGUAUAUAUGUACCAAACUACUAAACGUGACAUAAUUGAUAAAGUUUUAGCAGGAAGCGUGGGUUUGUAAAAUAGAUACUUUAAAUUUUUCAACAGAAAUUCAUUCUUGCUCAGGUCAAAAUAGUAUGCAAGUUCAACUACUUCAUGUCUACGUCAUUGUAUUAAAAUAUAAUAGUUGGUAAGAUCAAUAUUUGAAAUAAGUAAUUUUAAAUUUAUUAUACUGAAACUUGAUAUUUCUCGUUGAUUAUAGAGAUCCACCAAUUCUCUCAGUAGAUUACAGUGGCAAGCCAAACUGGUAGAUUAUUUCUCCGUUAGUCUUUAUAAAAGCUGUUCCAUUAGGUUCUACAGCUUCCUUGCUCUACUGCUAGAAACUCAAAUUUAGCAAACUAAUGAUAAAAUCGUGCUGUCAAAAUUUUAUCUGGAAGAAACUUACUGACAGGUCCCUUUUGAUAUGUGUUUUAUUUUCCUGCAAACAUUUCCCAUUAAAAAGGAGAGGUUGUGUGGGAUCAUGAAUAUACUGUGCCAAGCUUUUGACAAAAUUAAAUGCAGGAAAGGCCUAGCUUCCUUCACAUUACCUAUCAUAAAAUAAUAUAAAAUUGUCAAUACGAAGAAAAUAUAGCAAAGUUAUCGAUCCUUAAACAAUUAAACUGGACUUAUACACGGUUAAAUGCGAAUCAAAUACAGAUAAUGAACGCCAACUCGUUGAUAAAUGAAAGAAGUGCAUUGAGGAACAUAAUGAAAAUUUCUGUUUUAACCCUCUGCCAUAAAGUGCUUGAUGCUGUAUAAGCACAACUACGCACAUUUUGGUGUAGAGAACAAGAUAGUUUUUCGAUGCAACUCCAUGUUUUACGCUUAACGUAAUCAUCUUUUGCCUGGAAACUUUGACAGAAAGAGACCCUAGAUAGCUAGCUCAAUAAGUUGGAAAAUAUUGAACUGAGAUAAUCAGCAAAAGAACCUGAUAUGAUAUAUUUUUAUGUCAAAGUGUUAAAAUAUAAAGAUGGCUUAAGCUCUUUCCAUAAAAAAGUUUUCUUGGUAUAAUAUGUGCGUUUUUUCAAAAGAUAAAGCCUCCUAUCUUUAGUCAAAAAGCUUAUGGUAAUGAAAAUCUGCAAGAAUUAAUUGCAUGCUAUUGUCGAAGUUAACCGAUAGAUAAGUGUCAAAUAUGCCUAUUUUCAUGUAGAAAAUAAAGGCAAUUAAGCAAAAAGUUAUAAUCUAACUUUUCUCUCAUUGUUCAGCUCUAAUCCAACACGGGGCAGCU